AUGCUCGGCUUCUUGGGCCGCGGCCCAAGGCCCACGAUUCAGCUGGCACUGGCGAUCCUACUUGUAUUUAGCCAGCUUACUUCCGUGGCUUUCGGUCUGAGAACAACAGAAGGCUCACCUUGCGCGAGUGUCUGCAAUCGCUAUUCAACCAACACCACCUCGUCGGAGAUUGUUUGCUUAGAUCGACAAUAUAACAGUACUUUGAAAGGAACGCAUUUCCAGGAAUGUGUCGACUGUCAAUUGCGCAGUGACUUUUUCGAUACAAUUUCAGGGGAAUCAGAUGUGACUUGGGGACUUCUAUGGUUUGUUCUGGUAUAUGCUGACCAAUAUGAUUGUCUAGAUAAUCUUCGCUACGCUUUUACUUCGUGCCUUUAUGGAUAUCCUCAUCAGGUGGCCAACAUUUCGUCGCCAUGCGUAGUAUCCUGUUCAUCGCUGGAACCGGCUCUCGACCAGAACAUACAGAACCCAAGUGCUUAUGGAUUCUUCGAAUGGUGCGGCUCGUCAGCAUUUGCCGAUGUUGUCGUUACUCAGUGCCAUGAGUGUUACAACUUGACAACCAACCAGAUUUAUCUGGGAAAUUUCAUCGAAGCCAUCCGCUACAACUGCCACUUCCGCACCUCAGCCGGCGAAGCAUUCCCCAUCAACUCCAGCGAGAUCUUCACCCAAAACCCCCUCCCGGAACAUACGGCAUCCCUAACCGAUCCCCCGAAAGACGACUCAGGAGUAAACCUCCCCUUAGUGAUCGCUGUUCCGAUCGUCGGCUUCAUCGUACUAGUUUGCGCGUUCAGCGUCUGCUGUUUCUUUUGCAUCCGCCACCGUCGCAAGAAGUCAAAGGCGCGCGAGGAGAGGGAAUUCCAUGAGCAGUGGAAUACUAUGGCUCUUGCAUCGCCGGGUCCGGGUGCUUGGGGGCAGUAUCCCGCACAAGCACCGGUCAUGUCGCCGGCUGUUUGGGGGUAUGGUGGAUAUGGGUAUGAGCCCGGGGUAGCGUAUUCGGAUAAUAACGUGAAUAGUGGGCAAGGACAAGGUGUGGGGUUUGCAAAGUCGGGCUUUGAUACUAUUCAGCCGGCUGUGGCUGUUACGUCGACCCCGACACCUGAUUUGUCGGAGCAGGAGCAGCAGCAGCAACAACAACAACAACAGCCACAACAGCCACAACAGCCUACCGGAAACGGAAAUGAGGGACAGGCACAGGCUCAUGCCCAGACAUAUUUCCCGCCUCCUCCUAGUGCCCAAACCCAACCGCCACAUGGUUCAUGA